UCUGCCGUAACUUUCAGUUCAAUUUCGAGGUCAGAGAAUUAUUUUCCUCCGAAAUCUUUCUCAGGAGAUGGUAGAUAUCUAAUUCGAAGCUUUAACUUCUCGAGGAAUAGAAUCUUUCUGCGUUUCUUCAAACGACUAUGGCGAGAGAUAGCUGCUUGGCUCGAGUUACUGCCGGAGUUGCCGUCGGCGGCGCUGUUGGCGGAGCCGUCGGUGCUGUUUAUGGGACUUAUGAGGCUAUCAGAUUUAAGGUGCCAGGACUUCUGAAAAUCAGGUAUAUUGGACAAACAACACUUGGAAGUGCCGCCAUAUUUGGUCUUUUCUUGGGUGCAGGGAGUUUGAUACAUUGUGGAAAGUCAUACUAAAUCUCCUGUGUUUUCUGUAUUUGGAUUGGAUCAAAAUAAUUAUUGGUUGUUUUUAGAUUUCUUUCUUUUUCAAUAUGAAGGCACCGCACCAUCAUCGAAUACAAAUAGUCCAGCCGCUCAUUUGUUUGUUUAAAAGCUUUCAUUGUCUUAUUAUAACGGUCAAAAUGAUCAAUUGAUACAUUGAUAUGGCUUCAUCA